UAUUUUUUUUUAACUAUUUUUAAAUAUACGUAUGUAAAUAAGAACAGACAAAUUCUUCGCGUACAACUACAACGCUUCAUUUACAGAAACUGUAUGAGAGUUAUUGUUGAUGUUAAUUUUUUUGCUUUGCCAUGAAAAUAAAUAGAAAAGUUGAUUAGUAUACAAUUUUUUUUUCUCGAAAAUAUAGUUGGCUUAUUCUAAAAAUAUUAAAACUUUUCGAUUGCGUUGAUAUUAAUAAUAAUAAUUAUAAUAUAGCCUCUUUAUUUCCAUAAUGAACAAGUAAUAAAUAUCAUUGAAUUAUUCAUAAGGACAUGGGCAUGAAAUAAUAAAAUAUUACAACAAUUAAUACUAUAAAUUAGAUUACAAUUAGCAUUUUAAAAUUUUCAUUUCAUACAAUUGUCAAAUAAUAAUAAUAAUAAAAUUCAAAUUCUAAAUGAUAAUUGAAUGUCAAAGUAAUUAAUAAUUGAAUGUCAUUAUGGACCCCUCAACGAGUAAAGGCUUCCUCCAUUUUGCUCCACGUCUGUCUGUCCUUUGCUUUUGUAGUCCAAUUUUCACCAGCCUUUCUUAUUACUUUGAUAUUAUUAUGUAUAAAUAUAUUACAAAAGCAAUAAUUUCAAAAACGCACAAAAUGUUGUUUAUAUUUUUUCGAUGAGUACAUGAUCAAUUCUGUUGUGUUAGAUCCUAGAGCAAACAACCGAGACUAACACACCGUUUAUUGGGUCGCUCACUAAUCUGAAUAGCGUGUAAAGAUCAUAAAACCACGUAACCGGACAUGUCACAGAGAACCUUUACCGGCACCGCUGCUGGCCGAAGAUGUAUCUAAGUUCAAAUGUCACCGCGCGUCCUUGCGCAUCGCGCGGGCGCACUAUAAAUGCCGGGUCCCGCUUCGAAACGGCAUCAGUCGCUCGAUUGACUUCUCAUCUUCAACCCGGUCAAACAAAAAACCACCAACAACAAAAAUGAAAUCGUUCAUCGUUCUCGCCCUCUUCGUCGCCGCCGCCCUCGCCGGCCCCGUCAGCCAUAGCUCCGACGCCGACGCGCAGGUAGUCCGCUACGAUAGCGACAACAUUGGAGUUGGUGGAUACAACUAUGCCGUGGAAACCUCCAACGGUAUCUCCGCCCAGGAGCAAGGUCAGCUGAAGAACGCCGGCUCUGAGAACGAAGCCAUCGAGGUCCGCGGCCAGUUCUCCUACACCGGCCCCGACGGCGUCGUCUACACCGUCACCUACGUCGCCGACGAGAACGGCUUCCAGCCCCAGGGCGCUCACCUCCCCGUCGCUCCCUAAGUCUCCCACCGAUCCCAUAACAUCUAGUCCAAAAAUACUCAUUUCCCCAAUCCUUCCCCUUGUUAAGCCAUCCAAGC